UCACGAGCAACAGCAAUUCCCUGUGAACUUUUUCAUGGACUGAUAUCAUCACACCUCAGAGAUCCUAGGAGUGUAACGGUGGUAUCUCAAGCCUCUUCCUGUCGCACAGUUUUCUUUUCUUGAGCUUGUUGCCCUGUUCAUGCGCCUAAAUUCGCGACAGUCACUCCACCGGCUCGAUAAUAUAACUCAGCAAAUCCGCUGCAUCAGUCAUCAAAACUCUCAAUUGCUGCCCUACAGCUGCCAAUUGGUCUCCCGUGCUUCUUUCCUACCCCUCAAUACCAACGCCCUUCUGCGGGCCCAUCCUCCUACGCUCCCUACAUUUUGUCGUCGGAAUCGUCAAUUCCGAGCCCUUUCCUCAGCCUCCACUCGAAGAGUCGAGGAAAGAAAAAUGACCGACGUAAACAUUGAAUCGGCCAAACGUGCGGCCGGCAAACAGGCCGUGGCGGACCACUUCGAUCCUUCUGCGAGCCACGUUGGCAUUGGUUCCGGCACGACCAUCGUCUACGUCGUAGAGGCAAUCAAGGAGAGCUCAACGAACCCCCAGAUCCGCUUCGUACCCACUGGAUACCAAUCGCGCCAAGUGAUCGUACAAGCAGGCCUGACACCGAUCGCUUUCGACAGCCUACCGGAGGAUACAAUGCUGGACAUUGCUUUCGACGGUGCGGAUGAGGUAGAUGUCGAGCUGAACUGCAUAAAAGGUGGUGGUGCCUGUUUGUUUCAGGAGAAACUGGUUGCGGAGCGGGCGAAAAAAUUCAUCUGUGUUGCAGACUACCGCAAGAAGCAAGACCGCCUCCUGACGAACUGGCCCACUAUUCCCAUCGAAGUCGCUCCCAUCUCCGUACCUACCGUGCUCCACUCGCUCCGCGUCCUCGGCUCUUCGAACCCCAAGCUCCGUACUACACUGCUCGAGAAGUCCGGUCCAUUGAAGACGGAUCAAGAUUUCUUCAUCAUCGACGCGCCGUUCCCCAAGCUGCUGAUCGCAGAGGACAUUGCAGCGGGUAAAGGCAAGGGCGACGGAAGUGACGGGACGUGGGAGGUCAACAAGCUGAGUGAGGCUAUCAAGGCAUUGACAGGCGUGCUAGAGGUGGGCAUCUUCUCCGGGCUGAACGGUCCGGAUGCGGAUGCUAUCAGCGGGAAGGAGGGAGUAAAGACCGUGACUAGCGGGCAAAAACCGGUAGCUGUGUAUUUUGGAAUGUCCGACGGGAGUGUAGAAGUGCGGACAGCGAAGCAGUAGAAAGUGAUGUGGAGGGUUGUAGCUGUACAUUGUUUUUGGGCGCUCGUGACAUUUUGCAUACCUAGGUAGAUAUGAACGGAAAGUAGACCAACGGUGGAAUAGACGCGUUUGGCGAACGACAACGACACCAUCGAUCCCGUUACGAACGACCCCGAAGUUUUCAGGCACUUGCUAUAGCGGACAAUAAAUAUAAAUUCUUGGAGGCUUGUCAGAGCUCUCUUCUCAG